AUGGCUUCUUUGGGUGAUGGACAAUUGAAUUCGAUAUCUGUAAUAUAUGAGAAUGCAAGCGUUUACAAUUCGACAGAUUACCUAUUUCAGCUCAAGAGAGUUCAGUUAAUCACUUUGGCACUGGCAGAGAACCCUGAAUGCAGCUCACCAGGUUCCAGCUACCAGUUUUGUCAAAGUUGUCUUCAUGUGCGAAAGCAUUUUGUUUGUACUUGGAAUACAAUGAGUGACAUGAAAAGAUUGUCCUCUCGAGAACGAAUUGAAUAUUUUUUGGAAAAUCUCAUUUUCUUGAGGAUUGCCAUGUCAAUCAUUAAUAGAAAGCUCCUUAGCAUGUCACAAUUGGAUGCAAUCAAAUCUACUUUAGGAUUAGACUUGAAUUUGACUAUUUUACUAUAUUACCUGAAUGACAGAGGCCUUCUAGUUUGUUUAGUGAAACAAAUCUUCUAUUCGUAUAAUUAUGUAUGUAUAUACUGA